GUAGCACCCACGCGUGGCUGUGGGUGGUACCACGACGUGUUAGUGACGUUCAUUCAUGGUUUUGUCCUAGUAUAUAACUUUGUCAGCGGUCCUUACAGCGACGCGGAAGAGGAGACGCUGGAAGUGACUGGGCCAGUUUCUGUUUGAUAAGUAUCCCUCAGUCUACGCAGUGAUGGAUGGCGAUCUGGCCCUAUAUCGUACGCUGCUGAAAAGCGCGCCGCAAAACCCAUACUUGCCGCGAGAGUCAAGUUAUGGACCGAGUUUCCUUGACAGCUCAGCUUGUCUCUGCUCUUUGCGCCAGGUCGAGCAAGCCGAGGGGGAGGAAGAGGACGAUAGGAAAAGGGCGGAUAGUAACGAUGCGGCAUGGCAAUGUAUCGGGAACCAAACACAGGGCGUUUACGAGGUGACCACGGGCAAAUGGUUCGAGAGCUUGCACGGCGGUAGCAAAGUUAACCUCCCGAUCUACGAUGCAUCUAAUGGCCCGGAUACGAGUAAAGCCUUAACAUGGGAUACGAAAAAGAAGGCCUUCGUCGACGCCGAUCUAGAUGGGUUGACACCCUACGAUAGGACAUGUACGGCCAUCAACCAAACAACCUUUAGCACGUCCUUCUAUAGAGCGCUUGCUGAGAAGGAAGCUGGCGAUACUCCCACUUCUGCCGCCUCUUGCUGGCGAGGUACAAUACCUGUUGAGAUUCAGAAUGUGACAAACUGGGACUCUAAUGGUUGUCCUUCCGGCUUCCUGUGCACAAACAACACAGUCAACUCGCUUCCACAGUACUGCAUACCCUUUACCCAAUGCCAAAGUGUCAGGCUCUCUGGUGAACAAUGCCAAUUCCAAGGCAAGAAUUUUCCUAUGGGUCCGUUCGAACCUGUUAUCUGCCAGGAAGGCUAUUAUUGUCCAGAAGAGUUCGGCGGACGCAAGACGCUCCCUUGUCCAGCUGGAACGUAUUGCCAACCCGGCGCCCCGACGCCAACUCCCUGCGCCGUAGGAAGUUACUGUCCCGAGAGGUCCACUUACCAAGUGUUCUUCAUACCGCUAAUUCUUCUAUUGGCUCUAGACGUGUUCAUUGCCGUGGCGUUGGUCUGGUAUGCUGUCAACAAACGAUUCCGAAGAAGUAGGGAAGGGCAUACAAUCACUAAACCGAGGGGCCUUGGUGCUUUCUCAGCAUCCAUGACUGGGUAUAAGGAACUUCGUGACGAAACGGAUCAGGAUCACGAGAUGUUACCGAUGCAAGCCACGUAUAUGCCGCCCAGAGCAGAUACUUGGGCUGGAUUUCAAGCUGCGCUCGAUAUUCCGAUACCUGUGACCUCAGACAUGGAGGUGUAUGACUCGGGCCUCACGCCUGAGCUCCGAGCGUUCGUUGAUUCGAUGCGCAAGGCAACGGACGCCUCGCAGUUCGGCCUUUCUUUUACCUACAACAACUUGGGCUUCCAUCCCAAAGGCUCGCCCAAGCCUAUUCUGCAGAACGUGACAGGGUCUAUAGAACGAGGCUCGCUCACGGCCGUCAUGGGCGGCUCCGGCGCGGGCAAAUCCACCUUCGUCAAUGUUUUGAUGGGCAAGACGACCAACACAGGCGGAUUAGUCACCGUGAACAACAUCCCAGGGAAGAUCAAGCGGUAUAAGAAGCUGAUCGGCUACGUGCCGCAGGACGACAUUGUCCUUCCUGAGCUUACGGUUUACGAGAACAUCCUGCACUCCGCGAGGAUCCGCCUGCCGCGGACGUGGUCCAGCGUCGACAUCAAGGCUCACGUCGACUCUGUCAUAGACUGUCUCGAGCUGUCCCAUGUGCGCAAUUCCCGCGUCGGAAGCGUCGGAAAACCUGUAAUCAGCGGUGGACAGCGGAAGCGUGUAAGCAUUGGUAUGGAACUGGCUGCUGCACCUAUGGCCAUCUUCCUCGACGAGCCCACGAGUGGUCUGGACGCCACAUCGGCGUCAUCAAUUAUGCGCACGUUGAAAGCAAUUGCGCGUCUUGGAAUUUCCGUCAUCGUAAUUAUUCACCAGCCGAGAGUGGAAAUAUUCGAGAUGCUCGACGAAUUGAUACUCUUGGGUAACGGCCAGAUCAUCUACGAAGGUAGAGAGGAUGGCGUACAGCAAUUUUUCGAGAACGUCGGGUUUCGAUUCCCUGAGCACGCCAACACGGCAGACGUCAUAACAGACAUCAUCACCGGCAACGGUCGACCGUACAAAAAGGCGGGCGACAUCUCCAAAGAAGCCUUGAUAAGCAACUGGGCCAAUUCUCGCCAAAACGCUGCCAUUAAGAGCCGCCACGAGUCUCUGCAGUCAGACCGUGCUUCCAUCAAACAGACACAGACAAUACAGCGAUCCAUGCUGAAAUCGCGAGGUGCGCCGCGGUGGAAGCAGGGCUGGCUGUGCUUGCAGCGGGCUAUGCUCCAGCAGUGGCGCGCGAAGUCAACCUUCUGGUUCGAAAUGGGUCUCGCGUCACUUUCGGGGAUUCUGCUCGGUCUCGCGGAGAAUAGCAAGCAAGGCAUUCUCUUCAAGGGCAUCUAUAACGCGCCGUUCGAGAUUCUAUCUGUGGCGACAGAUAUCCAGUCUGUCCCAGAACUCGCACUGCUCACCGUCAUCGCGAUCGGUCUCGUCUCGGGCGCCCCCGGCGUCAAGGUCUUCUCGGAGGAGAUGCUCCUGUACCGUCGGGAGGCCGAGGCCGGCCACUCGCGAGUCGCCUAUUUCCUCGCUAAGAACUUGUCUGUCUUUCCCCGAAUGGCAUUCGCGUGCCUACACUUUACGACCCUUAUUCUUGUGCUCUCUGUGCCGAUCAUGCCGUGGGGUAACGCUUUCAUUACGAACUUCGUGUACUUCUACUGCAUAUAUGGGUUAGCGAGUGUCAUGUCCAUGAUCGUGAAAAGAGAGGAUGCGCCGCUCUUUGCGACCAUGAUUAGUUUAGUCGUCGGUAUCCUCUCUGGUGCAGCGCCCCCCCUCUCUAAGGUCAAGGAAUGGCAUUUAGAAUGGCUCUGGCGCGCGUCACCCGGCACCUGGCUUGCCGAGGUUUACUUUGGGCAGAUGAUUGAGCCCUUCAGAUACCUCUAUAAUGUCGACCUAGCCGCGAGGAUCGCGGGAUUCCGCCUUCACGAGCUCUGGACAAACAUAUUAGUGCUGCUUCUCAUAGGAACCAUCUAUCGUAUAAUCGCCUUCAUUGGUCUGGUGGUCGGGGUACGAUGGCGUGCUUGAAGGAAUGCCAUUAUUCAAUGAUGUAAAUUUAAUAUAAGGAAGCAUCAGGUACAGAGGUAACAGGGUGGUGAAACUGAUAACUAUAUAUAAUGUUAAAUAGAUGACCUUAAAGGAUAUAGAGGCUUGAUGAUUAAAGAUAUAUAAUACCCAUUGCAUUAUUAAUACACCAUUCCUUUAACCUUUACC